AUGGCCUGCUGCGCUACUAGUUUCUGUGGCUUUCCCACUUGCUCCACUGGUGGCACCUGCGGCUCCAGCUGUUGCCAGCCCAGCUGCUGCCAAUCCAGCUGCUCCCAGUCUAGCUGCUGCCAGCCCAGCUGCUGCCAGUCCAACUGUUGCCAGCCCAGCUGCUGCCAAUCCAGUUGCUGCCAACCUAGCUGCUGCCAGACCAGCUGCUGCCAGCCCAGCUGCUGCCAGCCCAGCUGCUGUGGUACUGGCAGUGGCCAGGAGGGUGGCAGUGGAGGCGUGAGCUGCCGUGUCAGGUGGUGCCGCCCUGACUGCCGCGUGGAGGGCACCUGCCUGCCCCCCUGCUGUGUGGUGAGCUGCACACCCCCAACCUGCUGCCAGCUGCACCAUGCCCAGGCCUCCUGCUGCCGUCCAUCCUAUUGUGGACAGUCCUGCUGCCGCCCAGCCUGCUGCUGCUACUGCUGCCCACCCUGCUGCUCUGAGUCUAGCUGCUGUGAGCCUACCUGUUAA